CUUGCGAAGUGGAGGGCGAAAAGUUAAUGGCUCCGAGCGCAGGCGCUGCCCCCUGAACUGGAACGGAAAACAACUUCCGGUUGGAGUCAGUCGUCCAGGCGCGCCGGCGACCUGAGACGUGAGGGGCUGUGGCCCGAGUCCCCGAACUACCUGUCAUUUACUCCAACCUUUAUAGUGAUGCUACAGGACAAAGGGGAAUGGAUAAAAACAUUGGCGAGCAACUCAAUAAAGCAUAUGAAGCUUUCCGACAGGCAUGCAUGGAUAGAGACUCUGCAGUAAAAGAACUACAGCAAAAGACUGAGAACUAUGAGCAGAGAAUACGUGAGCAAGAGGAACAGCUGUCACUUCAACAAAGUAUUAUUGAUGAGCUAAAAUCACAGUUACUUCUUGUGAAUUCCAGUCGAGAUAACAGUUAUGCCUGUGUUCCUCUACUUGAAGACGGUGAAACAUGGAAGAAUAAUUUGACCAUUGAUCAGCUACAUGAUAAAGUGAAAUCAGGAAUACUGAGAGAAAAACAACCAAAGGUAAGAAGACAAGAGCUUUCUUCUUUUAGAAAAGAAACUUCACCAAGGAGUCUUGGCAUUCCUUUAUUCCAUGAAAGGGGAAAUAUAGAGAAGACUUUCUGGGAUCUGAAAGAAGAAUUCCAUAGAAUAUGUAUUCUAGCAAAAGCACAAAAAGACCACUUAAGCAAACUUAAUAUACUGGACACUGCAACUGAAACACAGUGCUCUGUGCCUAUACAAUGUACGGAUAAAACAGAUAAACAAGAAGCGCUGUUUAAGCCUCAGGCUAAAGAUGAUAUAAAUAGAGGUACACCAUGCGUCACAUCUGUCACACCAAGAGGACUGGGCCGAGACGAGGAAGACACCUCUUUUGAAUCACUUUCUAAAUUCAACGUCAAGUUUCCACCUAUGGACAGUGACUCUCCUUUCUUACAUAGCACUCCAGAGAGACCCAAUAUCCUUGGUCCUGCCACAUCUGAGUUAUUAUGCCAGGACAAAUUUAAUAUGGAGCUCAGAGACAACCCAGGAAAGUUUGUUAAAACAGAAGACACUUUAUUUGAAAUUCAGAGAAUUGACCCCAUAGCAUCAGCUAUACAAAACCUUAAAACAACUGACAAAACAAAACCCUCAAAUCUUGUAAACACUUGUAUCAGGACAGCUCUGGAUAGAGCUGCGUGUUUGGCACCUGGAGACCAUAAUGCGUUAUAUGUAAAUACAUUCCCACUUCAGGACCCAUCUGAUGCACCUUUUCCCUCACUCGAUUCCCCAGGAAAAGCUAUCCGAGGACCACAGCAGCCCGUUUGGAAGCCCUUUCCUAAUCAAGACAGUGACUUAGUGGUACCAAAUGAUACAGACUCAGAACUGCAUAUACCUCGAGUAUGUGAAUUCUGUCAAGCAGUUUUCCCACCAUCUAUUACAUCCAGGGGGGAUUUCCUCCGGCAUCUUAAUUCACACUUUAAUGGAGAAACUUAAGACACAUUUGAAAAUAGACAUAUCAAGUUCUAUGCAAUGAUUUUGGGUUUGUAAUACUAUAAAUACUUGAUUGUAAACUAAAUUCAAGAACAUUUAUAGAAAAAUUUAACGUCACAGCUUUUUGAAUUUUUUUCCAACCUUAUUUUGUAACUUUCUU